CAUCUAGAAUGAUGGUUUAGUCAACAUCACAAUUAACAGCGAAAAAGGUAUAAGGAGACCAGUAUCGCUGUGGUAUUGUUACUGAGAUAUUCGAAAUAUUGAUCAUUGAUAUUGUCAACAACACAUCAAACAUCAUGAGCGAGAUUGGCGAAGUUGCAACAUCUUUGACUCUGCCUUCGGGGCUGGUCUUGCCGAACAGAUUGGUAAAGGCAGCUAUGGCAGAGUCGCUUGCUAAGAAUGGUCGAGCGGGCCCAGAACUCGUGAAGGUGUAUGAGAAAUGGGGUCAGGGUGAAUGGGGAGCAAUCAUGACUGGCAACGUCAUGGUCGAUGAGAGAUACAUGGGCUCACCACAAGAUACUACUGUCCAAAGCAAGAACUCCGUGGAGAUUGAUACAUGGCAAAGGAUCGCCCGCGGUAUCAAAGCGAAGGGGGCUCUCGCCUUGAUGCAGAUCAACCACCCUGGACGCCAAUCACGAGCAGGUGCAGGAAGCCGUGGAUUCCUCCAGAAGAACCUAGCACCCAGUGCUGUAAGCCUGAACUUCGGCACCGGAGUUGUCGUAAAGACUCUCGUAAAGGUCCUUUUCGGCACACCUGCCGAGAUGAGUACCAUACAGAUCCAGACUCUGAUCAACCAAUUCGCGGAUGCUGCCAAAUUUGCUCAGCAGGUUGGCUUUGACGGUGUGACUAUUCACGCAGCGCAUGGAUAUUUGCUCAGCGACUUCCUCUCACCAAAGACCAACACCAGAACCGAUGCAUACGGAGGCACACCGGAGAAGAGAGCCAGAGUCAUUGUGGAGAUCAUCGAAGCCAUUCGCGAAGUCGUCAGCACGAACUUCAGCAUCAGUGUCAAGAUGAACUCGUCAGACCAGCAGUACGACGCCGGUUCCGAUGCAGUGUUGAAGCAAGUUGAUGUUCUGGUUUCUCAUGGUGUUGACUUCCUCGAGAUCAGCGGUGGCUCUUAUGAGAAUCCCAGGAUGAUGCGUGGUGAUGAAGUACCAGCCAAGUCAGAGAGAACACAAAAACGCGAGGCCUUCUUCCUCGACUUCGCACUUGCCGUCCGUGAGAGACAUCCAGACCUCCACCUCAUGCUCACAGGCGGUUUCCGCACACGAACAGGCAUGAAUUCCGCACUGCAGACCAAGGGAUGCGAUAUGAUCGGCAUCGGAAGACCAGCAGCAACAGUACCAGACUUCCCUCGCUCGGUGAUCGGUAUUGGAGCCAAGAGAGAUAUUAGUGAUGCAGAGGCAGGCUUGCAGAUGCAGAAGGUUGAGACACCUUGGUUGUUAAAGCAUUUGCCUUUCCCAGAGCUGCAGAGAGUUUUGGUAGGAGGUGCUGAGACGAUGCACUACGGCCAGAAAAUUGGAGAGAUGGCCAAGGCAUAGACACAAAUUUAGAGGGCAUUGUAGAUUAGAGGUAUAUAUCCAAGCAUCGGUUUUCAAUUAUACUCGAGUAUGAA